AUGGUCUUGAUCAUUGAACAUAGAUCCGACGGGGUGAGCGCGCGCGCGCGCUAUGGAAAUGAAACUGCGGCUUUGAUCUCGCGGCCUGUCCAAGGCAGCAACUCUAGGCCAGCCUCGACCACGACUCUCGGUGCCAGCAUGGAGUCUGGUGAGGAGGAAGAUGAGGAGCAGGAGGAGGAGUAUGGGGAGUAUGAGAAUGAGGAGGAGCAGACCGACGAGGGUGAGAUGAAGGCUCUUCGACUCUUCCUCGUCUCGACAGUUUGA